CGUAAAACAUUUUUUGUUGUUGUUGCAUUUUAGCUAAUGCUAACAAUGUUCUAAAUUUAACCAAAUUCUCCUAACCUUCGACAUUCAACCGGCUACGUAAUUUCUCAUAAACCAGCUACGAAAAGUCAAUUCUGACAAAUGCUGGAUCCCUUCUAUCCAUGACCACGAACAAGAGCUACGUUCACAACUCCCACACUCCCAAAUGUUUUUUGACAGUAUUUGUAACACAUUUCAUGGAGAACUAUUCAAAUAUAUGUUCACCUCUUCCCUAAGGUGAUUGUGUUGAGACGAGUUAUAUUGUUGUAACGAUCAGGGUGGAAGCAUGGCUUCUCGUGGCAAAUCAGAAACUGGGAAACUAAAACAAAACAUGGAGGAGCAACUGGACAGAUUGAUGCAACAGCUCCAAGAUUUGGAAGAGUGCAGAGAAGACCUAGAAGAGGAGGAGUAUGAGGAGACCAAGAAGGAAACCCUGGAGCAGUUGAAUGAGUUCAAUGAGUCUCUGAAGAAGAUGGUGACAGGCAACAUGACACUGGUGGAUGAGCUUGGAGGAAUGCAACUGGCAAUCCAGGCUGCCAUCAGCCAAGCUUUCAAGACCCCUGAGGUGAUCCGAAUGUUUGCCAAGAAGCAGCCGGGGCAGUUGAGAACCAGAUUAGCAGAGAUGGACCGUGAUGUUAUGGUGGGAAAACUUUCGAGGGAUGUGUACACUCAGCAGAAGGUGGAGAUCCUCACUGCCUUGAGAAAACUGGGCGAGAAGCUUACAGUCGAAGACGAGACUUUUCUGGCUGAAAAUGUGACUGCAACUCUCAGCCAAUUUGAAAAAAUCACUGCAGACCUCGGAUCAGAAGACAAGAUAAUGGCUUUAGCUAGUUCUGGUGUGGAGAAAACCAAGGUAUAGAGGGUAUUCAGGUGUUAUCCAAUGUCUAUGAUUUUGUUUUAACAUCAAGUGUUUCCACCCAAUAACAGUGCCAUAAUAUUGAUAAUGUAAAUCAAUCAUGCACUCAGACCGUACUUGCUUUUAAAGAGUAAAGUUAAACUUUUGUACAUUUUUUUCUUUUUCUGAUGAUUGUUAACUUGGUAUGCAUUUGGUACUAGAGUAUUUGAGUAGAGUAGUCUAUUUAGAAUUUGAACAGUUACAGUCCAUCGGUCAUCCUUUUUGUUAAGUGUGGCUCAGACAUUUUGAAGGCUUUAAAUUCAGUUUUCAUACUGAUUGUCUUCAUGGCUAAAUCAUUUUGUUUUAGCUAUUGGAUUGAAUUAUUUUUCCUGCAUAACUGUUCAUGUCAAAAUAAAAAAUGAACCAUUGCAGUGUUAAAUAUGCAACGCUUGGCUUAAAUGUAAUUGCAUAACACACCAACUUGAACCAGCUCCGAUUCUUAAUUGAUAGGAGCCCCAAAAUGUCAAUCUAAAGUCAGUUUACAGUGUAUAUGCAUCAUUUUGGAUGUGUCGUGUGUUUGAUGUCUGACUACAAAAUACUUUCUAAAAAUGUAAUCAUAAGUGGUAUAAGUUUCUCUAUGAUUUUUGUAUUCCUAAUAUAAAGUUACAUUUCUCAA